AAACGGUUACAGUUGUUAGGCAUUUGUUUGCACGUGGUCCCUGCUUUCUGUUGAAACCAGCUUUUUUGAAGUGUUUUGCUCCUGCUGCACACGUGUCAGGAAGAUUUGUAGCAUUCGACAAUGGCCCCAUGGAGUCGCCCGUGGAACAGUGUGGACGUGCUGGGCGACGACGGCCUCUUUCAGUACGGACGCGUGGUGGAUGUGGCGGACCAUGGUCUCUUCAUCGACUUUCUGUGCCCCAGUCGCCGACGUGAAUUUACUCCUUUUGAUCGGGUGUUUCUGAAUGAUGACCUACGAUACCGGAACGGAAGCGACAUGGGUGGUCUACAUACCUGGGCUGAUUUGCCCGCCGAAGUCCUGCUGCGCGAUCAUGAAUCGGGUGCGUGGACAUGGGUCCCCGCGGAACUGCUCAUUUGGACCGCCGAAAUGGGUCAUGCAGAUUACAUCGUAGCUGUUGUUCAUCGCGGGAAACCACAGGAGUACGCAGAUGUUGUUCCCAAGGCGCGGAUUCGCUGGAAGGCGUACGGUGGCGACCGUGGCGUGCAGCCGCCGGUCGGCAGCCAGUUCUACUGUGAAAUUGCGGAACUGGCAAAAUGCGUGAAGAAACGGACGUUCGUCAAGCGCACAAUGCCGUUACCGAAAGGUUGUCCCGUGGAACUGGCUACAGCAGCGCUGAAGCAGCAGAACAAGGGAACGAAAUGUCGUUCAUGGUACGCUGCCAAAGCGGACUGUGUGGAUGUUGUGGACGGCUGCGUGGUGUACAUUCAGCGUCCAUCACAUACUGGGACGGAAGCCGACGUUGUCCACGCGGCAAGAGAACUGGAAGCACUCAAACGUUAUCACAACGCGUUGAUGGAUUCCGUCAGCCCGAUUCCCAAACCGAUACUCCAGAUUCCCGUAGUGGACGAAGCCGCUGUAUUGCCACCCGAAUUGUGGACGGAAGUCUUCUUGUAUCUGGACACGGUGUCGCAGACUAAACUGCGCCCGGUCUGCCCCACAUGGCACGCACUUCUGGAUUCAGUUUCUAUCACGGAGAACCUGGUUCUCGACAGCGCGGCCCUCGACACCGAUAACUCCCGGGAAUUUGGACGUCGGUAUUUUAUGGUCGCUGCUCUUUGGAAGCGUCUUUCCACAUCCACGCAGCACCUUGCUGUGGCUGAUCGAGGGCAGUGUAUGAGCGAAGCGGACGUUGUGGAAUUGCUCGAUAUGGCUAGUUUCAUUACACAGCGCAAUAGUAUCAAACUGCAAACUGUGUACUUGUUCGGUCUGGAGUGUUCUUUGGGAAAAGUUUCGUAUUGCGAUCAUCAUACAUCUCCAUGCCCACGGCAUGGGUUGUGUACUGAUAACGCCAGCCAUAUACUGACGAAAUCUACCCUCAAGUACCGCUACCUUUUAUGCGCUAAUAUUCGGCUGAUUAAAUGUAAUUUCACGGUGGAGUGUAUUCUUCGCCUUCACGACCAGUUCAGUCAAGGCACCCAGUUGAAGCUAUGUGCCGAUAUUUGCGUGCAUCGACACGGUAUUACUGGGGAUUCGAGAGGAGCCCUGUGGGGUGCCUUGGAAACGGGAAUCCUAGCGCCGAGCAACGUGGAACUAGCACAUUUGUCCACGUGGUUAGCAGCACUUCAAUCGCACGACCAACGGCAAUGGCGUGAUGCAACCAUGGUCUGUAAGGCGUUGUGCGGCGCGCAGGUGGCGGAUCCACGUCCUUUGUUGCAUUACCACGGGAAGAGGUGGUGCGUGGAUGCUCUGCAAGGGCUGGAGUUAGAAGCUGUCGCGCGUUGCGCUGCACUUCCUUAUUCAACUGAUGAAGUUGUUGUCUGACUAGUUGUUCGCGGUCUUGCCCACCGGGACUCUUGGAGCGCCGCGUAAUGGAUAAUGGAUGGCAAAGUUUGUUGAAGUGGAUACGGGAUUCAGCCAUAUGAUAAAAUUAAGCGGUGACCCGUCGUUUCGUCGACUGACACCUCGUCGAACAGACGUCAAAUCGAACCAUCGCGAAAUCGUUCAACCGUUAUGCUAAACUGCCUUAGUUUUCUUAGGUUCUCAGAUUUGUUGUAUCUUAGGUCUCUUAAGCUUU